CACUUGCAUUGCUAAUAACCAGAUCUCGAAGUCGACUUGAGUUGACCCGAUUUUUGAUAUCGUUUAUGAACAACUUUUAAAUCAAUUGCUGAUGAACCGUAUAAAAAUUAUUCUAUAAUUUACAUCUGAUCUCAAGUUUUACUUCUGAAAAUUUGCAUCAUAAUCUCCUUUGUUGCUCUUAAUGAAUCACUUGAUGUCAAGCGGCUGUUCAAUAUGCAAUUUCGCAGAAGUACUUCAACUAAUCUCGCCUGCGUCUCAUCCAGUCCAGUUGAAGAGUCAUUAAAGAAAGUUUUAGUUAAAAUUGGAAAUCCUGAAGAAGGUAGCAAAGGCAAGAGCUUGAGUGAUCCUGUUGCAGUUGAAAAUGUUGCUUCUAACUGGGUUUGCACUCUAAACGACUGUGUCAAUUUGUGUUACGGAUUUUUGAGUCCACCUUUCUGGGCUUGGUGCUCUAAUAAUACAUGCUGGUGUCAAAAGGCUUGAACUAUGGUGGAUGUAAAAAAAUCGGAGAACAUAAAAUUUUAAAGGUCGAAUAAAAUAAAAUUUUAAUUUAUUAUUGCAGCA